AUGAAGGCCAGCAUCACAUCCCUCCUCCUAGCCACCCUCGCGGGCUCUGCCGUCGCACAGACGCAGAGGAUCAACACGGCCAAGUACAAUGAAGACUACCUCCGUGCCAAGAGUGCCCCUCAUGCCAUUGGCAUGGGGGAGCUCAAGCAGCGCAAGAUGGCUCUCCACGAGAGCGAGGCGGCUGCUGGUGUCUUUGACAAAGAUCGUUACAAGGUACUCAGCUCUGGCACGCCUUGUUCUGAUGGCAAGGCGGGAGGUUACUCUUGUAACAAGAUUGACCUCUUGGGCUUCUUGCGUCACCAGGAUAUGGGCAGCCGAACCCGCGUCGGCAAUGAUGUCUGGGGUUGGACACAUGCCUCCAGUGGUCGCGAGUUCGCCCUUCUCGGACAAUCAGACGGCACAGCCUUUGCAGAGGUUCACCCCGACGGCAGCCUAACCUACGUCGGACGCCUCCCGACCCAGACCGUCGCUUCGUCAUGGCGCGACAUCAAGGUCAUUGGCAACUACGCCUACAUCGGCUCAGAGGCAGCUGGCCACGGUCUCCAGAUCUUCGACCUCACCAAGCUUCUCAACACCGAUAAGAAGAAUCCCCCCACCUUCAGCAUCAGGAGCGACUUGGCAGCGCACUUCAGCGCUUUCGGCAACAGCCACAACAUCGUCGCCAACGAGGAGACCGCGCUCAUCGCCGCCGUCGGUACAGCCUACGAUCUCAAGUGUCGCGCUGGCCUCUGGAUGAUCGACGUCUCUAACCCAAAGCGUCCUCAGGAUGCUGGCUGCGUUGCCUCGGAUGGUUACGUUCACGACGCGCAGUGCGUUAUCUACCGUGGUCCCCAGAAGGCUUUCCAGGGCCGUGAGAUCUGCUUCAACUACAAUGAGGAUGCGCUCACCAUCGUUGACAUUUCUCGCCGUACUAUGCCGCGCCAGCUGUCGCGCACUACAUACAAUGGCGCAACGUAUACUCACCAGGGUUGGUUGACGGAGGAUCACAAGUAUCUCCUCCUCGACGACGAGCUGGAUGAGCAAGAAAAGACUGGUCCUGCAGCUGACCAGCACACCACGACAUACAUUGUUGAUAUCCAGGAUCUUGAGUACCCUGUCUUCCGUGGUGUAUACAAGAGCCCUGUUCGCUCUAUUGAUCACAACCAAUACGUCGUUGGCGGGGUGUCAUACCAGGCAAACUAUGGAUCUGGCCUUCGAAUGGUGAAUGUGUCUUCCAUUGCUCAGGAUGACACUGGCGCUCUGUUUGAGGAGAUUGGUUUCUUUGACGUCCACCCUGAGGACGAUGCUGUUGGUGGCGAGGCCCAGUUCUAUGGUGCUUGGUCUGUUUACCCUUACUUCCAGAGCGGCAACAUUUUGGUCAGCUCUAUCGAGCGGGGCCUGUUUUCACUCAGAUAUACCGGUUAA